AUGAUCCCUGCCUGGAAGCAGCGGCUGCACGAGACGCUCGCGGAGCACGCGGCGGACCGUGGCGUGGACGGGAGUGUGCCGCGCGUGCGCCAGGUGGUGCACCGCGGCUUUAUGGAGGAGGAGCGGGGUGUGCCGAACGAGCGCACCGCCUUUCUCACGACGACUGACGUGCGCUCGCCGAAAGCAGCCGAGAUCCACGCGCGUCCGAAUGUCGAAGUGGACUGGUACAUUCAUCCGGCCAAGGUUCAGUUUCGCAUCGCCGCGCAAGCAUACAUGGUCCCUGGCGCGCAGCACUCGUGGCGCGCUUCGCUGCCAGGGCGCCUUGCGCCGGGACGCGGGUGGGAUGCAGAGCGGCGGCGCGUGUGGGACGCCCUUAGCCCCCCGAUGCAGGCGUCCUUCCGCGGGCCCCCGCCCGGCACGCCGCUCGCCGAUGCCACGCACGUCGACGAGCUUACGGACGACGCCGCAGGCAUCCCGUCGAGCUUUGCGCUAAUUGUAUUGGAUCCGACCGCGGUCGAUGUCCUCGACCUCGACCAGCGCAAGCGAGUUGUUUACAAGCAUGAGUCGGAUUCGUGGAGUGCGACGCAGGUAGCGCCUUAG